AUGGCGUCUUGUCAAAUCCCGGUACCGCAGCCGAUGUGCUGCAAGGGCAAUUUGGAAGCAAAUUGGAAAGCCUUUGGGGAGUCUUGGAGCGACUACCGCAUAGCUACAGAGCUUGAUAAGAAGCCAGAUAUCGUACAGGUGGCGACCCUUAGAACAGUAAUGGGUCAGGAUUGCAAGGACAGAUUAGCAACAUUGCCACUUAGUGAUGAGGACAGAAAGAAUCCACAGAUAAUCAUCGAAAAGUUGGCAGAACAUUUUGCUCCAGCCAGGAACGUGCUGUACGACAGGUUUGUGUUCCAUAGUGCAAGUCAGCAGCAGAAUGAGAGUGUUGAUCAAUAUGUGGUGCGCCUGAGACAACUAGGCAAAGCGUGCAAGUUUGGUGCACUUGAAGAGGAGAUGAUACGAGACAGACUGGUUCUUGGGUGUAAAGAUAAACAAGCCCAAGCUCGACUAUUCAGGGAGCAAGAUACAGUUUGUACCUUGAAGAAGGCAAUUGCAUCUCUGGAAGUGAGUGAGUCAUCUCAACAGCAACUGAGGAUUGUGAAAGGUGAGGAAUCUGUCCACUUCACGCAGAGCCAGCAUAAGAAAGGAAACGCUGGUGGAAGACAAAUGCAGACCAAUAGUUACAUGGACAGGAAGAAAUAUGGAAAGAGUUUCUCUACACAGAAAGAUGAGAUGAACGGCUGUAAAUUCUGUGGUGGACGCCAUUCAAGAGGCCGUGAUAACUGUCCAGCAUAUGGAAAAACAUGUCGUAAAUGCGGCAGGGCAAACCAUUUCCAGACUGUCUGCAAUGCCGGUACGCAAAGGGGUAUAAAGUCCUCAUAUGUUCAUCAGCUAGAAAGCAGUGAUGAUGAAGAUGCACUAGCCCUGGAAGAGGUAGGAUCAUUGAAUAUCCAUGAUGGUGGAAAGAAACUGACGCUACCAUUAGACAUGGUAUUAAAUGGUAAACAGCAAGGACGAGUUAAGUGCCUGAUUGAUACUGGUUCAACCUGCAAUGUGUUGUCUUACAGGCAGGUGUGUGAACUGGAGAAUACAGGACAACCUAUCAUCGCCCCGAGCAAGUCCAGAAUCAGACUGAUAAAUCGCAGCAUCAUCCCAGUGCUAGGAGAAAAAACGUACACUUGCAGGUAUGGCAACAAGCAACAUGUUGUGACGUUUAAGAUAGUUGAUGUGGAACACAUGCCCCUCUUGUCUAGCAAGACAUCCAUUGAUAUGGGACUGAUCACAGUGAAUGUAGACCAUGAAGUCAAUAUGGUGGAAGACAACACUAUCAUCGAUGACUACGCAGAUGUUUUUGAUGGUCUAGGAUGCCUACCGGGUGAAUACGAUAUGAAGGUCGACUCAUCCAUUACUUCAGUAAAAAACCUAGCCAGGAAGGUGGCGGUGCCUCUGAAAGGAGAACUGAAGCUGAAGCUCGACGAAUUAGAGCAAAGAGGCAUUUUGAGGAAGGUUUCAAUACCUACAGACUGGGUCAGUAACAUCGUCUUAGUCAGGAAACCAGGCAAACUCAGAAUCUGUCUUGACCCGAGAGAUCUUAACAGAGCUUUGAAGAGACCUCAUUAUCUUAUGCCAACGAUGGAUGAUAUACUGCCGAAGCUGGCAGAAGCGAAGGUGUUCUCUGUGCUAGAUGCGAAGGAUGGAUUCUGGCAGGUGAAGCUGACAGAAAGGAGCAGUUUGCUGACGACAUUCGCAACACCAUUUGGUCGUUAUAGAUGGACUAGGAUGCCUUUCGGCAUAUGUACCGCUCCCGAAGAGUUCCAAAGACGGCAACACAAAAUCAUAGAAGGCUUGUUAGGUGUUGAUGUUGUGGCAGAUGACUUCUUGGUAUACGGCAGUGGUGCGACACAUGAAGAAGCCCUGGCAGACCACGAUAGGAAUCUCCAGAAGUUCUUGGCAAGGGCGAGAGAGAGCGGGCUGAUACUGAACAAGAAGAAGCUCAAGCUGCGCCUCAAAGAAGUGCCAUACAUGGGACAUCUACUGACUAGUGAUGGUCUCAAACCAGAUCCUAAGAAGGUGAAGGCUGUAGUGGAGCUGCCAGCUCCUACUGACAAGAAGGGAGUUCAACGCCUUCUUGGAAGUGUCACAUACCUGUCCAGAUUCAUGCCUAGACUAGCAGAUGUAGCCGAGCCUUUGAGAAGGCUGACUGACAAAGGUGUUCACUUCGAGUGGAGGGAGGACCAUGAGGAAACCCUCAACCAGCUGCGAAAGCUCAUGACGGAAGCUCCAAUCUUGAAGUAUUAUGAUCUGAAAGAUGAGGUGACAAUCCAGUGCGAUGCAUCAGAGAAGGGGCUUGGAGCGACAUUACUCCAGAAUGGACAGCCAGUCUACUACGCAUCAAGGGCCCUGACGAAAACUGAACAAAACUAUGCUCAAAUAGAGAAAGAGUGCCUAGCCAUUGUGUACUCUGCAGAGCGGUUCGAUCAGUUCAUCCAGGGAAGGAAGGUGACAAUCAUGACAGAUCACAAGCCCUUGGUGCCGAUAUUCAGCAAGGCUUUGAACAGUGCCCCGAAACGUCUCCAGAGGAUGCUUUUGAGACUGCAAAAGUAUGACAUUGAGCUAACAUUCUGUCCAGGGAAGGAUAUGUUGAUUGCAGACUGGUUGAGUAGAGCUUUCCUGCCUGACACAGAGAGUUGCGACAGGAUCUAUGCUGAAAUUGAACAGAUCAACCAGACAGAUUAUGUCAGGAUACGUGAUGCCACAUCACUACAACUGCAGAAAGAGACAUUGAGAGAUCCAGCUCUGCAAACUCUGACAUCCAUUGUGAUGAAUGGAUGGCCUGAACAGAGAGAUGAAGUGCCUGUGGUGGUGAGAGGAUAUUACCAGUUCAGGGACGAGAUAACAGUACAGAAUGGUGUUCUGUACAAGGGCAUGAAAGUUAUCGUACCAACCGCCAUGAGAGCCCUGAUGCUAAACAGGGUGCACAGCAGUCACCUAGGAGUUGAUGCCUGUGUUCGACGAGCUAGAGAUGUCCUGUUCUGGCCGGGUAUGCAGUCGGAAGUGAAGGAAAAGGUGACCCAAUGCAGCACCUGCAAUGCUUUCCAGCCCAAACAACAGAAAGAGCCGAUGAUGUCGCACGACAUUCCAAGCGGGCCUUGGAGCAUUGUGUCGCAGGAUCUCUUCACAUUCCAGAACGAAGACUACCUCAUUACUGUCGACCACUACAGUGAUUACUGGGAAAUAGACAAAAUAACAGGUGACACGAGGGCUCCAGUAGUGGUGGCAUGCACAAAAGGCCACUUCGCCAGAUAUGGACGUCCAGACAAAGUGAUUACGGACAAUGGGCCCCAAUUUGUUGCCAAAGACUAUGCUCAAUUCGUUGCAGAGUGGGAAGUUGAGCAUCUCACAUCUUCGCCAUUGUACGCACAAAGCAAUGGUAAAGCCGAAUCUGCAGUGAAGAUUGCUAAGACACUCCUGAAGAAAACGACAAAGCAAGGAGAGGAUGUCCAGCUAGCAAUACUGGAUUGGAGAAAUACACCGGAUGAUAAUGGUGCCAGUCCAGCACAGAAAAUGAUGGCACGACGAACCAACACUCUACUGCCUACUCCUGAAGCGCUCCUCAAACCACAUGUCGUAGAUGGAGUAUCCCAACACAUCAGCCACAAGAAGCAGCUGGCCAAGAAAUACUAUGAUCGAUCAGCAGCUCCUCUUCCUGAGCUAGAGAUUGGACAGCAAGUCCGCAUCCAAUCUAAGAGUCGUGGCCUGGAGUGCAGCCGAGGAGUCUGCAAGGAAAAAGUUGGUCCAAGGUCAUACUUGGUGCAAACAGAAACUGGCACUGUCACUGGCACGCCUGUCACCUCCGUAGCCGGUCGUCUGGUCACCGUCCCGGUUCCCCCGUGGCGCUGGCUGUUCUUCACCAUCGUUGCCGCUCUCGACACCGGCGACACUCAUUCACCAAUACUAGCAAUACUAGCAAUAGGUCUAGUAGAUCUACUAGUAAGCGAAGACGAUUCAUGA